AUGUUAGGGUUGUCUGCUGGUUGCUUUUUGUCAGCUUGCGGCUAUGCGAGGGCUCCCGCUGUCCACACUCGCUGGGAAUCCUCCAGAGUUGUGGUCAUUCCGUCUGCUGUUGCAGGAAGGCGGCCUCCACAACCGGCCGUUCACUGGCAGGAAGACCCAGAUCCCGAGGACGAAAACCUCUACGAGAAGAACCCAGACUCCCAGGGAUGCGACAGGGACCCUGUUGCAGACCUCUGGAACUUGGGAACUGUCUUUUUCUUUGGCUUCUCCAUUGUCCUGAUCUUUGGCACCAUCUUUCUGAUUUAUCUGCCUGACUACAGGAUGCAAGAAUGGGCCCGCUGGGAAGCUGAGAGGAUGGUGAUAUUCCAAGAGGCCAAUGGUCUCCCAGAAUCCAACCGCUUCGAUCCCAGCAAGAUCCAGCUGCUAGAGGAGGAGGACUGA